AGGACGGCUGGGACUCCCGCGCCAGUUUGCUGCCCUAAUCACGUGGAGGCGGUGAAGAUGGCGGCCGCCCAGGCGGUGCAAGAAAUGCGGACCCGCGUGGUUCUGGGGGAGUUCGGGGUUCGCAAUGUUCAUACCACCGACUUUCCUGGUAACUAUUCGGGCUAUGAUGAUGCCUGGGACCAAAACCGCUUCGAGAAGAACUUCCGUGUAGAUGUGGUGCACCUGGAUGAAAACUCAUUGGAGUUUGACAUGGUGGGAAUUGAUGCAGCCAUUGCCAAUGCUUUUCGACGCAUUUUAUUAGCUGAGGUGCCAACCAUGGCUGUGGAAAAGGUCCUCGUAUACAACAACACAUCCAUUGUCCAGGAUGAGAUCCUUGCUCAUCGCUUGGGGCUCAUUCCUAUUCAUGCUGAUCCCCGUCUUUUUGAGUAUCGGAACCAAGGAGACGAAGAAGGCACAGAGAUAGAUACUCUGCAGUUUCGUCUUCAGGUCAGGUGCACACGGAAUCCCCAUGCCGCUAAAGAUUCCUCUGAUCCCAACGAACUCUAUGUGAACCACAAAGUGUACACCAGGCACAUGACAUGGGUGCCCCUGGGGAAUCAGGCUGACCUGUUUCCAGAGGGCACUAUCAGGCCUGUGCAUGAUGAUAUUCUCAUUGCCCAACUGCGGCCUGGCCAGGAGAUUGACCUACUCAUGCACUGUGUCAAGGGCAUUGGCAAAGAUCAUGCCAAGUUUUCACCUGUGGCAACAGCCAGUUACAGGCUCCUGCCCGAUAUCACCCUGCUUGAGCCUGUGGAAGGGGAGGCAGCGGAAGAGCUGAGCCGGUGCUUCUCACCUGGGGUCAUUGAAGUGCAGGAGAUCCAAGGUAAGAAGGUGGCCAGAGUUGCCAAUCCCCGGCUAGAUACCUUCAGCAGGGAAGUGUUCCGGAAUGAGAAGCUGAAGAAGCUUGUCCGACUUGCUCGGGUUCGCGACCACUACAUCUUCUCUGUCGAGUCAACAGGGGUGUUGCCACCAGAGGUGCUAGUGAGUGAAGCCAUCAAGGUACUGAUGGGGAAGUGCAGGCGGUUCUUGGAUGAACUGGACGCAGUUCAGAUGGACUGAGCCUGCACCGGCUUCUUGGCGUGGCUGGGCUGCUCCCAAGCCAGGCUGAAGAUCUGGGGUCCUGACCUGCCCUCACAGGACUGCCACAGAGUCCAGUGUGACUGGAGGUCCUGGGUUUUCUGGGGCAAGUCUAGCCUUUUCAGUUGAUACAUUUUGUUAAAUGUGCCACAGAAUAUGACGUGCCUUUGUAAGGCCUUCAUGUAAAUAAAAUCACAUCCAAAUAAAAA